AUGCGCCCGUUAUCAGUUACCGAUCACACAAGAGCAGCGCCUUCGUAUAUCCGCUGUGGAGUGUGCUCUUUUGAGAACCCGCUCCUCUCGAUAACCUGCGAGAUUUGCUCCCACGUGUUUGACCCGGCAAGCGUGCCGAACUCCUGGCGGUGCGACCGUGAGGUGUGCCAUAGCACUAAACAUGUCAACCCCGGCGACUUCGGGGUCUGCGGAUUAUGCGGCCAAAGAAAGAAGCAAAAUUGA